GAUAAAGACGAUUAUUUAAUCGAGAGACUAUUAUUUUAACUCGGGGAAAAGAGAGUAAAAGAAUCUGCGGUUGCGUAUCGUGUUAGAUAAGUUUGCACUAGUUCAAAAACGUGGGCUGCACUUUUAUGUAAGAUGAAAUGUGUUUUGCAACCGAAAAGAAAAUGCGCAAAAAUUUCGUGUUUACAGACAUUUACAUUUUUCACAAUUUGUGUAAUUAACGCAAUUUGUUUUGUAUGAUUGAUCAUUGCAAUAAAACUCUACAAAUAAACACAAUUUAAUGAAGUAAACAUUGACUAAAUUUCAUGUUCUAUUAAUUAAUUGUAAAUUGUAAAAAGUAAUUGUAAAAUUUAGUGGCAAGACUGAAUUAGGGGCCGUUAGGAUGUUUUCGGCGACGAGUAAGUCAGGGGUUGGCCGUCGCAAAUGAAUGACAGUUGCCUAUAAAAGUUUGACAGGUUGAGCUUGACAGUCAAAUCGAGCGCCGACGUGUUCUAACUUAUGGUGGUACCACGUAAAACCACAAUUGACCCAUUAAACCAUUCCAACCAUUAGAUAAUUCAUCACAUUUGUAAUAAUUUCCCAAAAAAAUCAUCCACCAUUAAAAUUUCACAAUUUGCAAAGAUAUAAAUCCCGCUUCAAAUAUUCCGACUUAGUGCUAGACAAGAUGCAAGUCCUCGUGUUUCUUACGGUUUGUUUGCCUUUAGUGACACCAGAAGACGAUGGCAGUUACUCAUUUUAUAAAUUUCGGGGGCCCGUCAGUGGCCAAAUUCACCAAAUCCAGGUCCCUAGUCACUACCACAACCAGCAUUAUAGUCUCGAUUACGUCGCCAAACCGGACUAUUUAUAUUCAUACGGAGUGGAGGAUCCUGUCACCGGAAAUUCGCAAGCUCAUAAAGAGACAAGAGACGGAGACAGCGUUUUAGGCGAAUAUAAAGUACUACAAGCCGAUGGCAUCCUAAGAAUUGUUAAAUACACCGCCGAUGGCACACACGGCUUCAGGGCCACCGUCGAGUACGUCAAACCAUGAGACUGUUAAAAUACACGAGCCGCCACUGUUUAACUAAGUUGGCAACAUUACAUUAUAGUGCCAACUUAAUUUCAAAGUCAGAGGCCACUUGAAUUUUGAAAUAAAAUGAUACACUGUUGUUUAUUUUUAAGUGUUUUUGUUGAAAUAAAAAU